AUGGUGAUAAAAAGGAUAGAACUGUGUAUAGAGCUUAUGAAGAUAGGUAUGGAGUUCGUCGUAGUGGUGGCUGAAGCCGUCCAGGUUGCAUGGCGGCAACACCUCAACCACCGUACUCCUCUGCCUCCUCCACCUCUCCUCCGCCAUGGCAUCUCCCCUUCUUACCCUUCUCCAUUCCUCUUUGGUUUUCUCCCUUGA